CACCGAAAUACGACAUACCGCAAUUCACACAUCCACUUUUCCUCGAACAACUCAACAUCUAUCCUAUCGUCGAGACAUCUGCAUCUGGAAAGACACCACGAUAUAACAAAUCCACACAACACAAAGGAAACAGACAUCAACCAGAGAAGAAAUGUCGGCAUCAUUGGCGCCGGAGUGUAAUGAGGUCAAGGAGCGCUACGACAGUUGCUUUUUGAAAUGGUAUAGCGAGAAAUACCUCCGCGGCACAGCAACGUCAGAUGAAUGCGAACCUCUAUUCGCAAGAUACAAGCAAUGCUUAAGCCGCGCACUCAAAGAACGAGGUAUCGACAAAAUGCUAGAUGAAGCAAGAGCGGAUAAUCGCGAAAACGAUCUCGAGAAUAUGAAACCUAAUUGAGGGAACACGAUGCAUGAACCUCCCCCAUCUCUUGCAUCUCUUGCAUAUACUGUACUUUUACGUCUACGGGUUUCCUUUUUCCCUUCUCUGCCCAAUUAGCCGCAUACACAUAUGCGUAUUGAAUAAACUUCACUCUUUGGUACACG